UCAUUCACUCACCCGCACCGAAGAUGAUCCAUCACAAACCACACCACACUGUCCAAUCAGACAGUCAUAGCCAACCGCCACACAAUACGACUUCACUGCACACAUCCGGCCGGCAAGGCUAAGCAGGCACACAGACAGAUAGCGAUAGACGGACAGAUGGAGCCAGCCAUGCCAUGCACGGAGGAACGAACGCACGGAGGAACAAACGCACCAACAAUCCCCAAGCCAGGGACGGAGAAUCGCAGCUAGGGAUGAAUGGAUGGAUGGAUGGAAGGAGGGAGGGGAGGGAGGGAUGCAAAAACGGGGCACAUAUGUACAUAUACACGCCAGUGCACCGCCGGCCGGCCGGCAGGCCACAAUGUCUGACUCACUGGCUGCAAGUGACAGAUCCAUCCAACCAUCCUGUCACUUCCGCGGCCUGACACGCACAAGCUCCCCCUCCCCAUCAGCCUUGUCGCGUGUCACAGGCCGCCCAUCGGCUGAUGCUGCACCACCGCCCACCCCUAGCCUCAAAUUAUACGUCUUCCGCUUCCGCCGCGCACCGUUUCGCCUGUUCAAUGCUGUGUGCGGGCCGUCGCGGUCGAAGUCAGCUGAUGUUGACGUCCCAUCGGCUGAGUCCACGGCGAGCAUGUCGUGAAUAAUGUCAACCUGACAGACGGACCGAUGGACAAUAUGGCACCUGUGUGUAGGCCCCGUGCCUUGCUCACCUCCGCGUGUUCCCAGAGGUCGUCAUGGGGAUCCAUCACGGUGUGUGGCGACACAUCAUCUGCCAUUACCCCAACCGACCUCUGCCCAGGGUCGCUACUCUCGCCAUCAAGCGGAGGCGUCACGUCUCGCGGCGUCGAUCCAGUGAAGGCAGUCACAUUGACGCGCGACUGGUUGGGGAGCUCAAGCGCCCCCUUGCCCCCCCGCCCCCUCCUGCCACGCCUCCGCCGCGCCCUUGGAGGCCGUGUGGUGGGGACGGCCAAUGCCGUGUCAUUCAGGGUGGAUUGAUCCGAUGUGGUGUUUCGUGGAGGGCUGGCUUGCGUGAAGAAGGUAGCGUUGACGCGGGACUGGUUGGGAAGGGUGAGCUUAGACCGAAGGUCGACCACGGUGACCCUCGCUGCUGCUGCUGCUCCUCCUCCUGUCGCAUUGCUUGGCGGGGGCUCGGCUGGUCUGGGGGCGGGCUGCGUCAGGGGAACGGUGCUCCGACGGCUGCCCUCUGCCAUCGCCACUGAUGUGGCGAGCAGCAGCUGCCGAAUCGACGUAACUGACACAAAGCUGCCGCCUGCUCCCGAUGCGUCGGCUCUCUCGCCCACGACCGCGGGCUCCCCCUCGGCCUUGGUCAGGGCAGUGAGGUCAACCGAAGCCUCUGUGAGGUUGUGCCGGCGCUGACCGGUUGCCAGUGGGGGGACCUUGAUGGCACGAUCAGGCCGGCGUGCCGCAGCAGGUGCCGUUCCUGUGGCCUUGGGCCGUCUCAGAUCCUCCCGACGGGCGAGUGAAGGCCUGGGCAGCAGGUCGCUGAACAGCCUUUUGAAAACGGACGUGUCGAAGCCGAGUGCGUGGGGGAAGGGGAACGACCGCCGCCUCUCGUGCUCGCUGACGGACUGGAAGAGACACCUCCAGAAGGCCACACUGAGGAGGAUCUGGCUCAUCGGUGGCCGCACGUUGGCGUAGUUGAGCUUGAGGGGAAGACAGUCCGGCUCAGGAGGGGGAGUGUAGUCGGGCGGGACGUAAGAGCCCUCCGCGAAGAACUUGCUGACGUACUGGAGGGGCAGCCAGUGGAGCGACGCCAUGUCGGCCUCAUCGGGGCGCUCAGACCGGGGCAUCUCGUUGUACCGUUCGGAGAUGUUCUUGCUCCAUCCCGACAGUGACGACACGCCACACAGGAACAACGCGUACUUGCCGGAAGGCAACCUGACAGACAAGACAGCACAGAGAGGUUGCCGACCCGAUCCGCCCCUGCUGCAGUGCCGUCUCUCCUCAAGAUCUUGUGUGUAUGUACCAGAAAACGCGCAGAUCCGUCGAUGUCUGUAUGGUUUUGGUGAUGACGUCCAGGUCCAUUUCCCUCCCCGUCUCCUCCCACAGCUCACGCACCGCCGUGGCGAAGCUGCCGUCGUCGCCCUUCUCCCUCCGUCCACCGAGGAAGGACCACUUGAGCCCCCGCUCCCUGUACCGCUCCACACCCACAAGCACCUCCACGUUGCCAUCGGCAUCCAGCCGGUAUGGCAGAAACUGCACCACACCACGUGUGUGUGAAUGGACACGAACACACAUACAUCACAUCACAAAACAGCAUGGGAUGAUGAGAGAGACCGAGCAGAGAUGCCCAUGCGUUCCGUCACACUUACGCCUGCUGCCCGGUAGGCGUACUCAUCUUGCGGCUUGAGCACCUUGGCUUCAUAGGUCCGCAAUGUCAUCCCGUUGCUGCCUCUGGUGGUCUUGAGCAUGCCGCACUCGCUGCUCCGCACCUUGCGCCUCCUGCCUGCCUUCGCUGACCGCGACGACAGCUGUGUGGUCUGCUGGAACAGGGGCGUGAGGCGCCGGUUCGGUCCAUCAUGCAUGAGAGUCACUCCCAUCGAUAAAAUCGAGCAGCAGAGGGCGAGGACGAGAGCUUGAAGCGGUGGCAUCACUCAUCAGCAGAUGGACAACAGCCGAUCGGUCACAGAUCUGGAGGCCGCUGCAUCAGAUCUGCUUCAAUGGCGUAGGGCCGGACUGGAGAAGGUCACACAGCAGGACGCUUCUCUCUUUCAGC